CACUGUAUGAAAUAUGGAUGCGUACGUUACCCUAGCCUGACAACCUUACCGUAAGGCAGAACUUCAGGCAGCAACGGUUUUUCCCGACCCAGCUUCAAUUGAGCUUGCGGGCGUCUGAUUUCGCGGCAAUUUGGUCGACGACCGUCGAGAGCAUCCACCACGUCCCAGCGAAGCACGCUCAAACCGCCGCCAUGUCUGCACCGUCCCUCAUUAGCUUCGUGCUCAAGCGGCCUUGGCUUGCGAACAUGCUCAAGCCGGUCGCCAACACAUACGUCAACGCUGCGGGCUACCGCCAAAUGGGUCUCUGGGCCGACGACCUCAUCCUCGAGGAGGACGAAACAGUGCUGCAGGCCCUGAACCGCCUGUCACCCAGGCAGAGAUACGACCGCCUCUACCGGAUCCGCCGCGCGACUCAGCUCAGUCUGCAACAUAAGCUCCUGCCCAAGAACGAGUGGACCAAGCCCGAGGAGGACGUGCCCUACCUCCAGCCCAUCCUGGAGCAGCUGAUCGCCGAGGCCAAGGAAAAGCAGCAGCUCGAUACCCUGGCCGUCCUCAAGAAGCACUAAGCGGCGGGUAAAUGAAGAGAUAAGGAGUACUGGCGAUUAGGAGGCUGCCGGCUGGUUACGCCCUGUACUGUAAAGGAGAGGCAUGCGACAAGAGAAUUGAAGCAGGCGUUGGGGAAACGGGGAGCUGCCAUCUCUACGGAGACCAGACGGCAUGUGUGUAUAGACUCUGGAUUGCUUCAUCAAUCAAAAACCCGUUCGCCCAG